AUGAUUCUUCGCGCAAUAAAAUCAUGGGUCAGCAUGAUAUUAUCUCGCAAAACUAUAACUGUCAUAACUCUAGGGAUUUUGGCGUAUCUGUACUGGCUACACGGCCAUCACAAAGAAUAUAUCGCAUCAAAUGGAAAUGACAUUGACAAAAGUAACGCCUACGCGCGUGAAAACGCCCUUUUCGCGGACUUUAUGGAAACCUGGUGCCGAGUAAAACGAAUGCGAAUGGACUGGAAACAAGUGUUACGGCCAUGCGCAGACCACAUGGCGUGGGGAGAAGGGAACUGGGGACAACAAAACAAGACAGACGCAGCGAAAAGCUAUUUGACACUGUGGGAUAUCAGACCGGCCGGGCAGUUUAGUCGGUUCGAUAUCCAGUCUGUCACGCGAGACAACAUAGACAAAAAGAUUGGAGGAGACUCGUGGCGGGUCCAUAUACGAGGUCCAUCCUCCAUGUCUCCGACAGUAAUUGAUCAUAACAAUGGGAAAUACGAGGUCAGUUUUCUUGUGUUGGAACCAGGAAAAUACGACAUUGAAGUCGUGUUAGAGUACUCGCUAUGUGAUGGUUACAAAGACCCACCCAAGGACUGGUUUAUAGAAGGUCAGUGAUUGUAAAUAGGUUAUGAAUAUUAGGAGAUGCCUUCCCAAUUUACAAGGGAAACGCCCUGGAAAGGACAUUAAGCAAUGAAGUAGUUAUACUUGAACAGGACUAUUUGACCAAAAUGUUAAAAAACGUUAAGGUGUUUUACUAGCUGGCCACAGUAGCGCUCUACUAUUGAUGUGGUUUUUAUGAUAACUGUCAGCUUAAAAACAACUGCCAGAAGAUUAAGGGAAGCUACAAAAUGAAAGGAAUGGAUAUCGCUAUAAGACAAUUACCUGAGGGUCUGCUUCUAAAUAGGUCUGUUUACAUUAGAAACGAUUUUGCUUUGAUCACGUCUCAAUGUUUAUUACCAAAACACAAACGUAACUUAUAAAGUUUGGAACCAGACAAGCGACGCAGUGCCUACUCGGUGAAGUUCGACAGUCCUUUUUGCAAGGUAUCCUCUGUUGUCGCACUAUGAACUGCAAUGUCAUGAAAAUCCCAUGAAAAUGUCAUUAAAAACCCAGGAAAGCAUUUGUCAGGGCCCUGAAUACAGAUAUUUCAUUUUCAUGGCCUAUUUUUCAGGCCAUGAAUUUUCUACGAAAAGUUGAUAAUGGGUUUCAUGGCUCAUGAAAUUGCCAUGAAAUAUCUGGUACUAUAAGAUUUCCCAUGAAAAUACCAUUAAAAUCCCUUGAAAAUCCCGUGAAUUUACCACGAAUUAAUUCACAGGAUUUUCAUGGGGUUUUAGUUCAUAGUGUCGAGAAUUAAAGAAAAUUAAUAGUAGGUUUCAUUUACAGCAUGUUCAUGUGAAUGUCACAGGUGUUCAGUGAAAAGGUUGUUGUUGAUGUCAACAGGGAAUGCACAUGGUAGAUAUCAGCCUCCAAACGCUCUCCCCCAUCAGGAAAGACCUUUCCUUUUAAGACCUCUCUGGAAUGGAGCACUUUUUACGGUCGUCAUUCCACAAUCAGCCGAGCUAGUGUUCUACAGUAAGUGCAUUGAUUAGCUGGCGUUAAGUGCAAAAAAAGUGAAAUGUACCGCGGUAUCUGGCGCUCUAAGUUAAGAUAUUUAAGCAAAACACCGGUAAUUUUUUUUCUCUGAGUUUCCUCCUCCCCAAAACCUAAAUUUCCAAAUUCCAAUUCGACUAGGGACCCGGAAUGGUAGAAGAACCACUUUGCAGAUGUGCUAACACUAAAUCGUUCUAGUAUUUACCAAAUACGUUGGUAGCGAUAUUCACGGGAUUUGAUUGGCACUCGUAACCCAACGUAUUAUUUCGUGGCCAUUCGUUGUUUUGGCACGGGAGUCCAUAUGGCAUCGCACUUUUCGCAACAGUUUCUGAGGACGAAAUUUUAACGACAAAUGAAGCCGCUGUACAACAAAUACCAAUUGCCCAUGCGUGAUGGUACCCCAGAUAAUUGUUUGUCUCAAAUGAUGUCCUGUACACAUGCAUGCUCAUGCAUGUGUAUGAAUAAUUUAUGAAAGGUUUAAACUAAGAACUGUUCGUUUUUAAUCUCUCUCACUAGAAGUGUUAAAUAAGUAUGGAAAUUUAGACGUGCCUUGCGGAAUCACAUGUCCGUAUCUGUGGGAUGGCAACGGGCGAUGGGUAAAUGAAUCAUGGAUACCUUUCCUCACCGGUCAGUGGCUAACAUCUUAAGAGUUAAUUAACGAUGUGAAUUACAAUCACUGGUAAAGAGAAAGAGUAGAAAUCACAAGCGUAAUAAGUCAGGUAUUUUCUGCGCCGUAUCAGGGUAAUCGGCUCCUAACCGGAUUGAGGUAGUAAGGUUGCUUGUUAACGGGAAGAGAGUUAGAAGCCCUUUAAGGCGCAAACUGAAGUUAAUUGAUCUUCAUGUCAUGAAUAUUGAAACCUGACAGACGUCCAGCUAAAAGCCAAAAGGACAUGGCCAGGCCGGAUACGCAUUCACAGGACCAGCAGAGAAACUGAAGUUUUUCUUUUUUGAAAAAUAAAACCAAUCAUGUGCCUUGUCUCGGUAAAGUUCGCACACAAUCUGCAGAGUAGAAACAUGAACUCAAGCGACGUCGUAAAUGACGAUCCCGAAAUACUCCCCCAAUCUCAUGGUACACUCUUCCCAUCAAUAUCGUUGGUUUUACAGGCGACCAGUUUAGGGAAAACAGCAUAAUGUUACACUGUUAGUAAGAAGAAGGAAAGGAGAGAGAGUUUCUCAAUUGCCUAUUUAGUAUUAGACUGCAUGCAAUAGUCAAAGAAACUCCUUCUAGCUGCAACAAAUACGAGGAUAUAUGAUAACGAUGAUGAUGAUGAUGAUGUUGAUUUAUUAUUAUUAUUAUUAUUAUUAUUAUUAAUAUUAUUAUUAUUAUUAUUAUUAUUAUUAUCAUCAUCAUCAUCAUCAUCGUCAUCAUCACUACUAUUAUCAAAGCCUGGUUUACAUGGCGCAAGUAGAAUGCUCAGACGCAAUAGACUCCUGAUCAUUAGCAUUUCUGUUUGGAAAAAGUUUCAACAAGUUACUCUGUCUGCGUAUGUUUGGGCUUAUACUCGCGUGACACGUCUAUACCUAAAAUAACGAUUAUACGUAUUUGAUAUCUCACGAAUCAUUAUAAACAUCUUCUACCUUUAGAUAAGUCAAAAUCCAAUCAAAUAGCCACAGCAGGGAAGUUAAACACACUUUGGAUUUAUGGCGACUCUGUCGGAGAUUUCUUUUACAAGUCCAUUACCAAACAACCUCUGUGUAAACAAAUAUUUCAAAGAUGUAACAACACGUACAAUUGGGUUUACACAAUAAAGGAGAGAAACUUAACCAGAGCAAGGCUGGAAAACGAUGAUAAAGAUUUUAGCAUCAGAAGAGUUAUCACCGAAAUAUUUCACGCAAUUUCCCAACCGUCUAUGAAGGACAAAAAUAGUGCUAUCAUAUUAAAUCUGGGUCUGCACUACGUGCACACCAUAAACUUCACCACAUACAUGAGGCUUAUUGACAACACAAUCCGAUUGUUAACGGAAAAGUUUAAUACGGAUAAGAUAGCCUGGCGGUUUAGAGGCAAGCUUAUUUGGAAGACAACCACUGCUAUCAAUAAAGAAAAAUAUGGAGAUCCUCGCACCAACGCAAGGCAUUCCACCAGCAUUAGAUUUUUAACCUAUCAGGUGAGGCUGUGACAACGUGGUUAACAAAUAUUGAGUUGUUGUAUACUAUAAAUAUAAUCAAGCCUCCCCAGUAAAGACAAUAAAGGAUCAGAAGCAAGCGGGGGGGUGGGGGUUAAUCCCAUAAAUUUCGGCUAGGUGUGUGCCGCCAGGGUCUUCAUGGAAACACGCAAACUUUCAUAAUACUAACAGAUGGUUUGCUUCUCAGGUAGCUGGGUAUUUACACAUUUUAAUUUCAGCUGAUACAAUUUGAGUACCCCAUCCAAGGAUUAAACUGGGAACACAAUGCCAGCAAGGACAAAAAUGAUACCCUGUUGAAGGAUAGAGAUCCUCAAAAACCAUACCUUACCCACCUACCUAUAUUCAUGUGAAGGUUGUUUAGGAAAAUCACUCAAAUUACCUAUUUGCAAAUUACAAAUUACAUAUUUUGUUCCUUUUAUUAAUUUUGUCAAUGAUAUUCCGCUACAGCUAUCGAGAUCGUCCGUUGAUAUUUUGAAUCAAUUUACGUUUCUGGGAAACUACCCACCUACCCCUCCCUUAAACCAUCAUUUUGCCCUAAGAGAGAAGUGAGUAUUAAUGUUAGCUUAGGGGAGGGGUAGGUAGGCAGUUUCCAAGAAACUUGAUAUUUUUGCUGACGAUACAACAAUACCGGCUAGUGCGCACUUUUCAGAUAGUUAAUCACUGACCCAGCAUUUAAAUAGUGAUCUCGAUGCUGCUAAGUAAAUGGGCGACUAAUAAUAUGAUGUUCAUAAACAAGAACAAGACCAAAUCUCUGCUGGUUAGCGGGAAGCGUACUGCUAAGAACCUAGGGACAAGACACUAGCCCCAAGUCUGAAUAUAAUGCUCGAUAAAGUUGAAAUGUCCUAGGUCCCUUCACAAAAACUUGUAGGUGUCAUUCUUCACACUGUGAAUUCGCAUGUUGACGAUCUAUGCAAAAAAUUAUCAAAAUGCCUUGGUCUCUUUAAGCAUAUAAGUCCCCAUCUACAAAGAAAACAAAGAGAAACUUAUUAUAACAGAGUUAUCAAACCGACCCUCAUGUACAGAGCACGGAUAAAGACAGCUGUUGUGAGGAAAGUCUGCAAAGUGUUCUCAAGCUGCAGAAGAGGGCGGCCGAAGAAUUGUUUUAGACGCAGACAGAAAAACACCAUCGAUCACUCUUUUUAAUAACCUUAAUUGCCUGCCUCUCACUAAGCAGUCGUUAAUUAAAAGACUCACUUUAGUUUAUAACCGCUUAGAUAAUAAUUUUAAUACCCCGAUUUACAUAGACAAUUUAUUAAUUAAGAAUUCGGACAUCCAUCAAAGAGAGACCCGUUUUUCCGAUUUAAACUUGGUUUGUGCUAGGUACACAAGGAAAACCAAGGGACGGCGAACCUUCACGGUUAGGACAAUUGCAGAGUGGAACGCUUUUGAUCCAUGAAGCAUCAGAAAGAAACUAUCAAUUGCCAAGUGUUUAACUGAUCAAAAAGCCUCCCCGCUCCUUAAGAUACAAGGCUUCUUUAUAUUAAGAUUUUAUUUCAAGCAGUUUUUGGCACUUUUAAGUGUAUUUUAAGCUUUUUGUAUUUUCAACUGUCGAUAGUUUCAAUGUCUGAUGUAUACAGUGUUAGAAUUUUUACAAUACUGUUUUACUUUUUAGAUGCUUUUUAUAGUGUAAUGAGGGCCACGAAUUUAUCAGUGUUUUAUUACUACUCUCAAGUGUCACCCCCCAUAAAUUAAGUCUUUACCUACCUACCUACCUACCUACCUACCUACUUACUCACUCAAAAACCAUUGAAUAAAGUUUGCUAAUAUAGAUUACACAAGACCACGGAGAAAUGUUUGUGAUAUUACUCAAUUGAUGCUGUUUUUCACCUUCCCUUGCAGCGCGUGCUCUUGUUUAACGCCUAUGCCACGCACGCCAUGUGCAAAGCAAGGAUCGACGUGCUAGACGUGUUUCCCAUCAGCGACGCAUAUCCGGGAGGGACUGGGCUUCCUAAAAAGCCGUACGACGCAGUGCAUUUCAAGGCUCAUGUGUUUCAGCCAGUGGUGGAUGUGCUUCAAAGAUAUUUCAGAAACCAUUAG